AACAUAUCCCUUGCAAACGUUCACUUCGUCAACAGCGUUGGUAAUUUUUUCCUUCGGCUACCGAAAAAACAUCGGUGAUUUUUGUGAUUUUUUUUGAAUAUCCACGAAAUGAGUGAUGAAACUGAAUCCAUCGUUGAAGACGAGUACAUCACCAUUGACAAUGGCUAUGUUGUGUUGGCCGAUGGCGAGGAUUUGGAAGAUGAUUCAUCGCAAAUCAUUGUGCUGGGCGAUGGUGAGGGACAUGAAAUUGUUGAAGAUCAUGGAGACACCGUCAUGAUUGGUGAAGAUGGUCAAAUGAUGUUUGUCGAAGAGGUACACGAUGAAAUGGACGACCAUGAUCCGGACGCUGGUGUUCAGUUGGAAACGUAUCAGCAUGAAGAAGUUGUCGAAGUUGAAACUAAAACACCUGCCCAAACGUAUUUGCCAUGGUCGGAGUUGGAGAAGAAGCGAAAGCGUUUGAAUGUACCCAAAGUGCCAAAGAAAUUCUUACUAUUUGAUGGUAUUUGUGCCGAGAUUGUGGACUACGAUGAGGAAGAUGGUGCACCGAUUGUGGAAUUCUCUGUGGUGUCAGAUGACAAGGAGGCUGACAAGUUACCCGUUGAGUGUGGUGUGUGCCCUGACAUCAUGCACAAAUCAAAAUUAGAUGCCCACUUGAAGACCCACCUGAAACCCGGAACGAAAAGAUUUAAAUGCAUUUACUGUGAAGAUGAUUUUGUGACAAGGGCCUAUGCGGCUGGUCACUCGAGACGGCAUGUGGGUAUACGACCCUAUGUUUGCGUGCCAUGUAAAAUGUACUAUUGCACCAAGCAGGACUUAAAGGUACAUGAACAGAGACGUCAUCUGGCCAAAGAACACAUUUGUGAACAUUGUGGCAAGACCUUUGCCCAAAAUACCUCGCUGAGACACCACCGCCGGCUGGUGCACGAACAACAGCGUAACUAUGAAUGUGAACAUUGUGGCAAGAAGUUCUUAAGAAAAUUCUCCAUGAAUGAACAUGUACGAAAUGUCCACUAUGGUGAUCGACGUUUGUUGGACUGUCCGUUCUGUGAUAUGCGUUUCAAGGAUACCCACAAAUUGGCCCAGCAUCGCAAAGAAAUGCAUCUAAACCAAAGUAAAUUUGAGUGUCGCAUAUGUGGCCUGGAAUUCAAUCACAUAGAUUUCUUUGAUGCCCAUCGAAGGUCGUUGCAGUGUCGCAAAAAGUUGGGUCGACAAUUGUUUCAAGAUAAAACCGACGAACAGCAACAGGCGGAACAGGAGUUAUUGCAACAGCAACAGCAGCAACAACAACACCAGUUGUCACAAGUAGCAGAUGAACACUAUGAGUAUGAUGAGAGCCAACAGUCAUUGUAUCAUUCUCAUCAUCCACACCAGCAAACACAUAACCAGUUAAACCAAUUUAAACAGGAACAUUUGGAACAACAAGAAGUCGUAGUCGAAGAGUUGACCCAUGACAUGCAAAAUGAAAUUGUCACAGGCGAUGGAGAUUUACAGCGUCUGGGAGCUGGCAUUGGAGUGGACGAACAUGAGAAGGUUAAGGCAGAACGACAGUUACUAUACGAAAUCGAGGCAAUGGAUAAUGCUUAAGUAGGGAAAUUGAAACUAAAACUAGAAAUUCGAAAUAAGUAAUGUAGUGUUGAAAGAAUUAACAUAUUUUUUUAUUAUCUAGAAUAAAUAAAUUUACAUUGAA